AUGAGCGGGCAGUCGUUGUUUGCCGUUGGUUUGGGAUAUGUGUGUGAACCCGUUUUCGGUUUUGCAGCGGCGGCGGUGAAUGCGGUGUUCGCCAAGCUCGGCCAGACUGCGUCGUCGGCAUGGAACAUCAGUGGCGAUCCCUGCACCGGCGCCGCCACGGACGGCACCAACAUCGACACAGACCCGAACUUCAACCCGGCCAUCAAGUGCGAGUGCUCCGGCCAGAACAACACCGUCUGCCACGUCACAAAGCUGAAAAUAUAUGCGCUGAAUGCGGUUGGUGCGAUACCAGCAGAACUACAGAACCUCACGCGUUUGACUAAUCUGAACUUAGGACAAAAUUACUUAACAGGGCCUUUACCAUCGUUCCUUGGGAAAUUGACUGCUAUGCAGUACAUGAGUCUGGGCAUCAAUUCAUUAUCCGGAUCUGUUCCAAAGGAGCUCGGGAACCUUACCAAUCUCGUAUCGCUGUCCUUUAGCUCAAACAACUUAAAUGGUUCCCUUCCGUUGGAACUAGGGAAUUUGGUUAAACUUGAGCAACUGUAUAUUGAUAGCGCUGGCUUAAGUGGUCCCUUACCAUCAUCGCUUUCCAGUCUGACAAGAAUGAAAACACUGUGGGCAUCAGAUAACGAUUUUACUGGGCAAAUACCAGAUUAUAUUGGGAACUGGGCUAAUUUAACAGAACUGCGGUUUCAAGGCAAUUCGUUUCAAGGUCCCCUUCCGACCACUCUUUCUAAUCUCGUUGAACUGACAAGCUUACGAAUAGGUGACAUAGUAAAUGGAAGUUCUUCACUGACAUUCAUCAGUAACAUGACAUCUUUGAACACCUUAGUUUUGAGGAACUGCAGGAUAUCUGAUAACCUGGUAUCAGUAAACUUUUCACAGUUUGCAACAUUAACCCUACUGGAUUUGAGUUUUAACAAUAUCACUGGCCAAGUACCACAAGCUCUGCUGAAUCUGAAUUCACUCAGCUUCUUGUUUCUCGGGAAUAAUAGUCUUUCAGGAAGCCUUCCAAGUUCUAUUGGAACAUCUCUUAAAAACUUAGACUUUUCCUACAACCAGCUAUCAGGAAACUUUCCCUCCUGGGUUAGUCCGAAUUUGAAAUUGAAUUUGGUGGCGAACAAUUUCGUAAUCAACAACUUCAAUAACAGUGCCUUACCUUCGGGGCUAGGGUGCCUUCAGCGAGACACACCCUGCUUUCUUGGCUCUCCACAAUCUUCCUCCUUUGCUGUGGCCUGUGGGAGCCAUAGAUCUAUAUCAGGCUCAGAUAAUUCCAUGUAUCAGCCUGACAACGCCGAUCUGGGACCUGCUUCCUAUUAUGUUACAGGAGCACCAACAUGGGGUGUUAGCAAUGUUGGGAGGUUCAUGGAUGCACAAAAUGGAAGUUACAUAAUCUACAGCUCACGCCAGUUUCAGAAUACUCUAGAUUCAGAACUGUUCCAGACAGCAAGGAUGUCUCCGUCAUCAUUACGCUACUAUGGCAUUGGACUUGAGAAUGGAAACUAUACAGUCACACUUCAAUUUGCAGAGUUUGACUUCGAAGACAUGCAGACUUGGAAGAGUUUAGGUAAAAGGGUUUUCGAUAUCUAUGUUCAGGGUGAGCGUAAGGAGCAGAACUUUGACAUAAGAAAGGCAGCAGGCGGGAAAUCUUACACUGCUGUCAAGAAGCAGUAUACUGUUCCUGUCACCAGAAACUUCCUUGAGAUUCAUCUUUUCUGGGCUGGCAAGGGCACUUGUUGCAUCCCUAGUCAAGGCUACUAUGGGCCUGCAAUUUCAGCUUUGAGUGCAACUCCAAAUUUCAAACCUACAGUGCGUAGCGCUGCACAGAAGAAUAGUAGUAACAAAAUCGGUAUAGUUGUUGGAGUUGUGAUUGGUGCAGCAGUUUUGGUACUAGUAGCACUUGCUGGACUUUGUAUGUGGAGGCAGAAAAGGAGGAAACUAGCAUUGGAGCAACAAGAGCUGUACAGUAUUGUUGGAAGACCUAACGUACUCAGUUAUGGUGAACUAAGGACCGCUACUGAAAAUUUCAGUUCAAAUAACCUUCUUGGCGAAGGGGGAUACGGAUCAGUUUAUAAGGGUAAAUUAACCGAUGGAAGGGUGGUGGCUGUAAAACAGCUAUCUGAAUCAUCUCAUCAGGGAAAAAAGGAAUUUGCAACUGAAAUAGAAACUAUUUCUCGAGUGCAACACAGGAAUCUCGUUAAGUUUGGUUAUCUUGCACCUGAGUAUGCCAUGAGAGGUCAUAUGACGGAGAAAGUUGAUGUGUUUGCAUUUGGUGUGGUUGUUUUGGAGACUUUAGCUGGAAGGCCAAACUUUGACAAUACACUUGAUGAAGAUAAGGUUUAUAUUUUAGAAUGGGUCUGGCAACUGUACGAGGAAAACCACCCACUGGACAUGUUAGACCCCAAGCUUGCUGAUUUCAACAGUGACGAGGUGCUCCGUGCGAUCCACGUGGCCCUGCUCUGCACCCAGGGCUCGCCCCACCAGCGGCCGGCCAUGUCCCGGGCUGUGUCGAUGCUGACAGGAGACGUGGAGGUUGGUGAGGUUGUGAACAAGCCCAGCUACAUCACUGAGUGGCAGAUCAAGGGCGGCAACACAAGCAGCUUCAUGAGCAGCAAUGUCAGCGGGCAGUCGAGCUUGGCACGGAGGACAGCCUCGUCAGACACAUCGUCUGCAUUCCUGACCUCUGUCAUCGAAGGAGGCCGGUGA